AUGGAGGAACCUCAGAGUCUACGAUCUCUGUUCGCCGCAGCCAAGGCACAGAAGAAUGCACUAGGAUCGCGGGGCGACACCAACAGCGAGACCUACCGAGAAGAGGUGACUGGGACGAUCGCCAAAUUCCUAGAAUGCCAACGGCAAGUGAGCAUGCUGUCUUUGUUCAGCUCCAAUGAGCUGCUGGAAGAUGUGUCAACAGCCGAUAUCCAGUACAUGACGCUCGAAUAUCACCUAGCCGAACUCAUGCAGCGGGCUACGAGCUCCGACCGCGAAAACGCCCUAAAGUCUGCCCUCGAAUAUUAUGAGAAAUACCUGAUGCGCUUGGAUGAGUACCUGCUACUAUCGGGAGGAGAUAAGAAGCUCUUUGAGCAAUAUAUGGCCAAUUCGACUUCGUUUACACUGGCACCUGCAAACGACGCCGCCGCACGACGAGAGAUCAAAGUAAGACGGUUCAGGGAAGAAAAGGAGCUCAAGCAGAAAUUGGAGUACUUUGCCCAAAAUGAAGCUCGUCUGCAAAGCGAUGAUGAUGAUACCCGGUCCCUCUACCUAGCAGAGAUCCAGCUAUACACCCACCAAACCUUCCAGGCCUUAGAUCUCCUGAUCCAGGAAUUAUCGAUACUUUCAGCCAUGCGCAACGCGCCGCCCCGCCCACCACCCACGGACGAUCCCAGACAGCGAAGCAACAUCGGAGGAUUAAAUUAUUCAGAACGUUUGGACCCUUCAACGUCACAACUUUUGAGGGGCGGUAGAGGUGGGCCUCUCCUUAAUAGCAAAGGAAAGCCCAUGCAGCCAUUCACGUUGCUGGGCCGGCGAUCGGAGAUGCAAAAAGGAGUCUUUCGUCCAGGCCAUAACCUUCCUACUAUGACAAUUGAGGACUAUCUCGACGAAGAACACAGACGGGGCGGUAUCAUUGAAGGCGGAGGGGAGAAAUCCGGCAUCAAACCGGAAGUCGACGAGGAUGAUCAUGACAUUGCUGACCAGGAAACAUUGAAGGCAAGAGCUUGGGACGAGUUUACGGAGGCCAACCCUAAGGGUGCUGGAAACACACUGAACCGCGGAUGA